UAGCCGGCGUUAGAGCAGCAUCAGUGGCGGUUAACGGGUUUCCAGAGGACCGGGGAGAAAUACGGAGCUGCGGCGGUACCGAGACGCGUGUGUGAGGGAAAAACGGUACCGAAUUAUUUAUUGAGCAGCUCGGAGCAACCUCGGGGACAGACAGAGCGGUGUUUAUCGGUUCUAGUGUCGCUUUUUGUCUUCGCUUUCACACACUUUCUGCUUUUUUACCUCAGAAUAACACUGCUGAGUUUUUAUAUCGCUUUUAUUUGCGUUGUUUUGGCCUGUUUUUGGAGGAAAAUAACUACAGCAGAGCCUCGGCUGAGUGUCGUGUGUUUGUGUGUCCUAGACUCGGAAUAACCGUGUUGUCUCAUUAACGCUAAUUACAGAACAAAAUGGUUAAAAUUAACGAAAGUGAAAUCCUGAAUCUCUUGCUAUUUUUGUCUAGUGUCUGGAAAAUUUCCUCAGAGGUGUAGGCUUUCGCCACAUAGUCCCUAAGUACACCAAAUAAGUGUUAUUAUUAUUAUUAUUAUUAUUAUUAUUAUUAGUGUACUUUUGAAACAACAUGGCGGACAGUUUCUCCAGCCCUUGGUUUAAAUCGGCUAACUGAUCCAGGUAAUUCCUCCAGGUGUGUGGUUAUGAGCCCUAGAUGCCAGUCACGUGCUGUGGGCGUGUCCAUCACUGUGCGUCUCCACGGAGACUGAUGGACAAAGCUGGAAUUGGCAUCUGCCUCAGCCAGCCCCAGUCCAAGUCAAAGGUCAGCGGGGUCCCGAUGCUGCGGCCUGCCCCGAGUCUGGAGGGCGUGGAGGAGAGGGACGAGGAGCAGGAGGACGAUGGAGAGGAAGAUCUGCGAGAUGGAGGGAUCAUGUUCAUCGUCAAUCGGGGAGGGUUGCCGGUCAACGAAGAAACCUGGGAGCAGAUGUGGAGACACGUGACCCGGAUUCACCCACAAGGAGAGGAGGUAGAGAAGAGGAUCCGGGGAGCCAGUGACCUGCCCAAGAUUCCUGUACCUACUGUGCCUACAUACCAGCCAACCACCAGUAUUCCACAUCGCCUGGAAGCCAUACAGAAAUACAUCAGGGACUUGCAGUACAAUCACACUGGAACCCAGUUUUUUGAGAUCAAGAAAAGCAGACCUCUCACAGCGUUAAUGGACAUAGCAAAGGAAAUGACCAGAGAAUGUCUACCGAUCAAAUGUUUGGAGGCUGUAAUCCUUGGAAUUUACCUCACCAACAGUAUGCCAACUGUGGAGCGCUUCCCCAUCAGCUUUAAAACUCAGUUCUCAGGGAGUCACUUCCACCACAUCGUGUUGGGGAUCCACAGCGGCGGCCGGUUCGGGGCUCUCGGGAUGAGCCGACGCGUGGAUCUGAUGUUCAAGCCGCUGGAGUACCGCACGCUCGCUGACUUGCUGCAGGAGUUUCAGACUGCCUAUAAGGGUUACUGGCACAAGCUGCGCAAAGUGAAGAUCGGCCAGUACGUGUCGCACAACCCACACAGCGUGGAGCAGAUUGAAUGGAAACACUCGGUGCUGGACGUUGAAAAGCUGUCGAAAGAAGAGCUGAGGAAGGAGCUGGAGAGGCAUACACGGGACAUGAGGCUCAAGAUUGGCAAGCCAGCACCUGUUUCACCCACCAAGGACAGAAGGAAAGACAUGGGAUCUCCUCUCCGUAAUCCAGGCAGCCCCAUGCGCAAGAACAGCCGCAGUGAGAGGAGACUAUCAGGUGAGAAGAAGUCUGUGGAUCCGAAAGCCUCGGCUGAUAUGAAUGGAUACCAGAUCAGGGUGUGAGCGAGGUCGCUUCUGUUUCAACCCUACAAUUCACAAUGAGCACUCUGACCGUUCUGGGUAAUGACACGGGACAGAAAUGUCUGAAGACGACCUUUUAAAGGACAAUGUUUUUAGACACACAGGACAACACACCAUGGGUGAACUGUCUCGCAAAGUAAUAGAAAUAUAACAUUGUGCAAACGUGAUGCCAGUGUCACUUUUAACAGAUCAGCUGAGCGAACCGAGUUGUAAAUUCACUGCUCUCAGCUGCUUCCUAACUCUGUAAAUAUUUCAAUGUGUGUACUUGUUUAUCUUGUUCUUUUUUUUUUCCCCCUGUAGUUUUUAAUCCACUUGUCAGGUGCCUUGUAAACGCCUCGCCAUCAUGCCACCCUGCUGUUAGCAUGGCUCGCAGGUUUGAUUCGCUCGACACUCAACACAUCUUUCAGAUCGUCUGAAGGCAGGCAGCUGCUGGUUACGCCAAUAAUCUGUACCAGAUCUACAAAAUAUGUGUAAAAGAGGCAAAGCCAGCUUAUAGUGUCCCUGGUUUAUUCCUUCACAGUGUUUGAAUAUUAUUUAGACCUAGUCUGUGUUAACAUGGGUCAAUUUAAAAUUGCUUUUUGAAUCCACACUCCAGUGUAGAUAAAUCUGAAAAUGGCAUCGUGUGGAUAGAAUAAGGGGAAAAGGAGCGCUUUUGGAAAAGCUGACGGCUGUGUCCGAAAUCACUCACCCAUUCACUACUCCCUACUCACUAUCUAGGGAAUUCUAUAUAGAGGACUAUUCUUGGGUUUCACGUGACGUCACAUCCACCUCAUUAGUUAUUCAGAACUUUAGCUGGUGGUCUACCAAAGCUCAACUGACAAAGCGUUUGUACGGAGAAGGUGCAUUGCUCGCGUGAAAAACGCCUUACGCUUGCGUUGUUCAAAUCGAUCAAACCGUGAAACUGAUCAAAGUUCCUUCAGGGUUCCCCGUGAACUAAUAAAGGGUGAACGAACACAGGAUUUCACAAAAAGACGUCGAGAAAGGUGCUUUUCAGUGAACUUCUCGCCGAAAUCGAAGGGAGCCAGGUCAAAGCACGCUCGAGUUUGCAGCGAUCACUUGGUGAAAGGUUUGCAUUUCCGUCUCAGCUCUGUCCUUAGCGUUUUCCGAGUACUUUUCUUGCUAUAUGUUGUUAUUAUACGGCACUUUUUUGAGUCACGAAGCGCUAAAGUCCCCAGCUGUUUCUUUGUUUCCUCCUCACAAAGUCCAUACGCGUGAAGGUCGCGACAAAAUUCUUCCCCAGCCGUACAGUUACAAUGCGCCGUGAUCACUUCUUCUCCGUCUUGUUUAACUAAGAUCCAGGUCUUUACAGGGGUUUCUGAUGAUCUUUGUGAAUGAUUUAGCUGAGAGAUAAGAGCCAAGACAAGUCAGAAUCAAGCCAACUGUUGUUUGUUUACACUUCAACUUGCAGCGCUUCGUUGUAAAGACGCGAACGAAAAGCUUUAAAAAAAAAAAACAAUACAGGAUUCAUUCAGCAGCGACUUGAUGGCGAGGUCCUUUACCCAGCCACAUACAAAACAGUCGUAAGCCUCCGUACUCUUCCACGCUUUCAUCCGUUUUGCGGUGUAGAAGGACGUCUGCAACACCAGAUAGUUCGAGAUGUCGGGGAACUCGACCGAAGGGUAGUUUUCGAGAUCGUAUGACACAUCCUUCUUUCCCAGACUGUAGAGGUCGAUUCCAUUGCACAUAGCAAUCUAAUGAAUAUAUCGAAAGCGAGCAGUGGCUUCUAGAUUACGAGCGUACUCUGAUAACUUAUCACUAGUUGGUUGCACUACGGCAGCCGUUUUGGUUUGCUAGACCACCUGCUGUUUUACCGGAAGUGAAAUCGCUAAGAAAAGUCACGUCUACUCCGUCGCGCCGUUAUUUACAUCAUUACUAUCGCACAAUUAAAAUGUGCCAUAUUAUACUGAGCGUAUUUCCCACAUUAAUAAAUACAAAGUACUUUGUAUCUGCUGCAUCUUUCAGUUCUUUUAAAUCAAGGCUGAAUACUUUCUUCUUUGCCGCUGCGUUUUAUUAAAUCAAAUUUGAGGCUUUUGAUUAAUUCCUCGCUGUAACUUUUAUUCUUAUAUUUUAUCUGUCUGAUUCUAUUUUAGCUUAUUUUCUACUCUCUUACUCUUUUUAAUUUUACUCGAAUGUCUGUUUAUAAUGUAUUUCUUCCUCCGUCCAUUCGCCCCAACACACUUUUUCUCAGUGUGACCACAGUGCAUGAUGGGAUAUAUUGCUUGGUUAGUGACCAUCUAACUUUUUACACUACUUUUCACGAUGCAUUGUGGGAUACUUCGAGUCCAUUAUGUAGGGUGUAAUCUCAUCUCAUUAUCUGUAGCCGCUUUAUCCUGUUCUACAGGGUCGCAGGCAAGCUGGAGCCUAUCCCAGCUGACUACGGGCGAAAG